CUUGAGAAAGAUACGCCGGCGGAGAAAUGUGCGGAAUCGCAAUUGUAGUCCGCGGCGUUCGUAUCGAACUCUCGAAGCUUUCUUCGGUUCACUCUGUCCCUGAGCCUCCUUUCGAACAAUUAAAAGUCUCUGUUGAAGAUGUCAAAGCUGUAUUAGGCCAAAGAGGUCCUGAUAGUGUAGGCGAAAAGACGAUUCAUCUUCAACCGAAUGUCGCUGAAGAAUCUGCGGCUCUCUCUGUUUUUGAGGCUUGCCAAGGAACUUAUAAGCUUGAGGAGACUACCCCUUUGGGUGAAUUGCAUUUUAUUGGUUCUACAUUACAGCUUAGAGGAACUAGUCCUAUAAGACAGCCAUUGGUGGAUUCUUCUGGAAACAUUCUAGUUUACAAUGGCGAAGUAUUUGGAGGAAUUGAACUUAGUAGCUAUGAUAAUGAUACUGAAGUUCUUUUUAAGUCUUUAGAGAAAGCUAAAGCUUUAGUUCCAGAUGUUCUUUCCAUGAUCAAAGGCCCCUGGGCCAUUAUUUAUUGGCAGGAAAGCUCAAGAACGCUAUGGUUUGGUAAAGAUGCUUUUGGUCGGAGGAGCCUUCUUGUUCACUGGCCAACUGUGGAAGACCCUCGUUUUCUUCUAUCGUCUGUUUCACCUGCUUCUUCUGUCACUCCUGGCUCUGUACCAGAUGCUGAAAUUGGUAAUAGCGGUCAUAGGUUUUGGGAAGAGCUUCCAUGUGGAGUGUACAGCAUUUCUUUUGGGGUUUCAGAAUCUGGGUUAUGUAUUUGUGGUGAAGUCACGAAGCACGAAUGGAGAAUUCCCAUGUGGAAGAAAUUGAUUGAAUGGGAAAGGAAAUCUGUUGUACCAAGACCUGAAGAUCUAUCAACAUCAUCGCUUAGAGAGGAAGACAAUUCUGUUUCAACUUCUUCAGGACUUGCGCAGAUAGUUUUGGUUGUGUUAAAGGAAUCAGUGAGACGGCGAACUUCACUUCAUAACAUUUUUCAGGGAGAGAAAGAAGUUGUCCCAGUAGCUGUUCUUUUUUCUGGUGGAUUAGAUUCGAUGAUUCUUGCUGCACUGUUGGAUCAGUGCCUUGAUCCAAAAUAUGAAGUUGAUCUCCUUAAUGUCAGCUUUGACGGUCCUAAUGCUCCUGACAGGAUCUCCGCCAAGGCUGGAAUAAAGGAACUAAAAAAGAUUGCACCUUUGAGAAGAUGGAAACUUGUUGAGAUUGAUGCUGAUCUAUCAAAACUAACCUUCGAGACAAAACGUGUUAUGUCACUCAUAAAUCCUGCUGACACUUACAUGGACCUUAACAUUGGAACAGCACUAUGGCUUGCUGCUCGGGGUGAUGGUUGGAUUUACAACGAAAGCGAAAAUCAAGCAGUUGAAGAAGAUAACCGACGGGUCAACUAUAAGUCUGAUGCUAGAAUUCUGCUUGUUGGCGCUGGUGCUGAUGAGCAAUGUGCCGGUUAUGGUAGGCAUAGAACAAAAUAUCGAAAUGGGAGUUGGGUUGCGUUGGAUCAAGAAAUGAAAUUAGAUAUGCAGAGAAUUUGGAAAAGAAAUUUGGGUCGAGAUGAUCGAUGCAUUGCAGAUAACGGUAAAGAGGGGAGAUUCCCGUUCUUAGAUGAAGAUGUGAUAAAGACUCUCCUUGACAUUCCCUUGUGGGAAAUUGCUGAUCUUGAGCAACCAAGUGGAAAGGGAGACAAGAAGAUUCUUAGACAGGUUGCAAAGUUGCUUGGUUUACAAGAAGUUGCAAAGAUGCCUAAGAGAGCAAUUCAGUUCGGAUCAAGAAUCGCUCGUGAAUCAAACCGGAAGAAUUUUGGAAGUAACCGUGCCGCAAACCAGGCCUCUGCCGGAAGCGUGAGAUUCAACGCGCCGUCACACUAAUUUCCUCAGAUUCAUGAUGUUAGAUAACUAUUGUUCGUUCCAUUUUGUUGUUCAUUGUAUUAAUGUAUCCUAUACAAGUGACUAAUAAGAGAGUACUAAUGUUAAACAGUUUGAUGCUGUCUUUCUUAACUCAAUUUUAAAAGUUCUUUACAUGUU